CACAUAUUUUCUAUUUUUUUUACUUUUUUAUAAUUUUUUUAUAUUUUUUUACAUUUUUUUAUAUAAAAUAGUAUUUGAAGAUUUUUGGCAAUAUUUUAGACAAAAUAUCUGGACUUGGAUUUAAGUUAAAAUUUCUAUAAAAUAUGAAAAUGAAAAUAAAAGAUAAACAAGUCUUAGUCCUUAAGCCUGUACGUCCAAUACCGGUGGGACAUCAUGGAUUUUUCGGUAAAGCUUUUGUUAAACAGCAUAUGAUGAUCGAUGAACGCUGGACUCCCGAUUCACUGACUCAGGAGUUUGAAAAAAUGGGCACGCUGUUGAAAAAACAUACGAAAUUCAAUGCUUUGGAGAACAAAGUAAAACAUAAGGCAUCGGUCAAGACAUAUCAUACGUUGCAGAAACAAUGUCGAGAAGGACGUUCACAUUUAAAACUUCUACAGACGGGAGAUCCCCAAAAGAUUCGGAAUAUAUUCAAGGAUCAUCGCUACAUGCAGCGUUUGUAUCAGAAAAUGCCUUUGCACUUGGCAAUAGAAAAUAUUAAUCAGCGAACAUUUGUCAUGCGCAAAGAACGUGAUCGUUUGGAAUGUCGCUUAGAGAAACUGAAAAGUAUCUAUGAAGAAAAACUAUUGGAAAAAGGUAGUAUGGAGAAUCGAAUAACUUAUGAAAAUGAAUUUAAGUUGGAGGAGGAGUUACGCAGCCGUGAUUUAGAGAAAAAACUGGGUAAUUCUGAAAUGCGCCUUAAAGCGGUAAUGGCUAUAAAUUCUACUUACAAAAGGAUAAUACAGAUAUUACGUCACGAUCAAAUCUUCUAUGAACCCAUAUUACUCUCUUUGGAUAGAGACAUUCAGGAUCAGUCGCAAUUUAUAAAACAUAUUUUACAAUUGGGCUCACCGGCUCUGAUGCGUUUUAAGGAAUUGGGAGAACAAUAUAGAAUAAUAGAUGACAGGGCUCGUAAAAGUAGUCGUAUGAGCAUACAACAAUGUAGCAAUUUUCGUAAAAUUAGCACCAAACUCCAUCACAGAGAACCCAAACAUCAUGAUAUUGCUUAUAGAGUAAGACGUUAUGUUAGGGAAACUAGAAGUAUGCUGGAUUUGAAAGCUAAAUUUGAAGAAGUCGAAGAGGUUAUUAAGAAGAUAAAAAUUGCUACUUUAUGUUCUCAAGAAGAAGAUAUUUAUCCAAGAAUCAAAUAUCAGAUGAAUAAUAAUACAAAGUUGAAUUCAAAAAUAGAAAACGAUAUUUUGGGGCACGAAGUAUUGGAGACGAAACAAAAAUUUGCCGAUGUAUUACAUGGGGUUUUAGUUAAUAAUUUAUCUGAGGAGGGAAUCGCUCGUUUGGAAAAAAUCAAACAACUUAAAGAAGCUAUUAAAAUGGAGGAUGAUUUUCAAGAGAAGACAUUGGCCCACAUUAAAACGCAUUCCGACUGUUUUGUCUUAUUACGAUAUACUUUAUGGAAUCUUCAUGACAUAAUGAAAUACGUAGGACAUAGAAGAUUACCAAAACUUAAAUAUCCUGUGGAAUAUCUCAAAUUACCUCUGCUAAAAUAUGAAAUGUUAACAUCUAAAGUCUGUGCUCCCGAUCCUUUUGAGGAGAAUGUGUCGCAAUUAUUGCAUAUAGUUAAAUCAAAACUUAAAUUAUUAAUGAAUGCUUUUGGCACCGAUUUGUCACGUGACUCUAUAAAUGUUCUUAAAAAUACUUAUUGUAAUGAAAUGUUAAGUGGCGUCGAUAAUGAUUCACAAAUUAUACAAGAUUCACGUUUUAAAAUUCACGAAGAAGAUGAUUUGAUAGAAGAAGUGAAAUCGUAUCAAAAGAUUUUAAAUCGUCGUCAAAUUAAAACGGCAAGUGCUCGUCUAGUGGAGGAGUGUAUAAAAAAGAAUGACUGAAGAAACCUAAAUGAAACAUAAUUUUUCUCAUGAUUUAUUGAGGGAAAUGUGAUUCAUUUAGGGCAUCUUGUUGUUACGUACGUUUCUUAAAAGAAUCUAAUGAUUCGAAACAUAUUUAGAAGUUUUAAUUUAAGUCUAAUACUUGUGUAAAUUUUAAUUAAUAAAUUAAAAAAUUUAAAAAUA